CCUCACAGUGCGCAAAAGAAGCGCCAUCCUUGUAUUUCGCUGUCGUCGUCGUCUUCCCUCGUCCGGCUCCCCCCUGCCUGCUCUUUCCAGACCCCGUCAGACGUGUCGUGUAUGUGUGUUGCUCUGUGCCGUCUUUACAAACAAACACCUUUCUCUCGCUCUCUUCCAUCCACCGCUCUCGCCAACACCAACCAGCUCGCUCCCGAUCCCGUACGGCGCUGCAACUUCGUCUCAGCCUAGCCAAUCGCUACGCUCCAACGUUCCCCGCGCGAGCCAACCAGAACCCGCGACGACGCGACGCUUUGCGCAUCCGCCUUCGUUCUCUGGUCUCCCCGAGUCUGACGCUACACAUAGACAGACCUUGUCCGCGACUGCAAGCAUGUCAACCCUACGUGCGAAGUACGAGGCUUACCUCGCAGCUCCCUCCACCGGCGCGCUGGCCGACGGCGCUUCCAUCAACUACGUGCCCACGCUGACAACGGUCGCCGAGCCUACUGCCAUCCUGAAGCACCUGGCAGCGCAACAGAAGCUGCUCAAGAAGAAGAGCGAGCGUGUGCUUAGUGCCAUCGAGAGCAGCAAUGGCCUGUGCAUUGACACCGAGACCGUCAUCGAGUUUAUUGCCGGUGGCGGUGCCUUCCUCCCCGGUCUGGACGACAAUUUUUUGGCGGACAAGAUCGUCACACUACCAAUGAUCCACAUCGUGCAGUUCGACGCAAAUCAGAAGAUCUCGCAGAUCCGUCUCUACUGGGAUCAAGGUUCUCUCCUGAAGCAAGUCGAGGUUAUCGGAUCGCGAUCGCGCAACUGGCCCAUUCGAGACGGGAAGGACCAGAUCCGUCUCAUUUCUCGAAGUGUGGCGACGGAGCAGAGCGCAGACGCGGAACCGUCCUUCUCACGCCGAUCUACGAAGUCCAGCGAUGAAGUCGUUGUCAAUCGCUCUCGAGGCAGCAGCACUACCAGCGCAACUCGCGAUCCGCAUGCAUCUCUCUCUUUGUUCGCUCCUCGCGAUCCUAAUUCAGAAGAGGAGGACUCACGAAUCAGCGGCCCAUCUUAUUCUCGAGCCUCGUCUGCCAAGCCGCCGUCGCGAAGUCUGACCGACAUUCUUGGUGGUGGCGAUGACAGGGAACCCGGUACGCCGAGCCAUGUUCGAUCUUCGUCACCGGCAAAGGCAGGAGCAAGCAAGAAUUAUGGCCCCAUUCGCCUAUUCGACGAUCAGGAACCAACUGGCACGUCACCGGAGCGCAGCACUAAGGUAAACCCCAAGAAGUAUAACCACUUUGAGUUUGGAUCUGGAGAGGAGGCUCCGGCAAUUCCAAAACCGAGUCGUAACAUGAAGCACCAGAGCCAAUGGAACUUUGAGGACUUCGUAACCCCGGACAAGCCUCGCACGAAGAUUCAGGUCCAGACUAGACGAACAGAUUGGGAGGAGCCCGAAGAAGGUGAGAAAUCGCCGGUCUUCCGAGCGCCUACGCACAAGCCACGUCCGGAUGCAGAGACUCAUUUUGAAUUUGUAGACGACGGCACUCCAGUGGCAGAUAAACCAAGGCAGCGAGUCGUCAAGGACGGCAUGGGCCUCUACAAGGACAAUAUUACUGAUCAGGAUGACACCAAGAGGCCGCUCACAACAGUGACCAACGUCAAUCAAAACGACCGCGCUCGUGACUUUGGUGCGCAUUACGAAAUCACCGAUAACUCACCUUCGGUGAAGGGCAAUGGCUUGGCCGAGCCAGAGAAGAAGCCGCUCGACCCAAACAAGCAGAAGGUCCUUAAAACCUUAGACGCUAAGUGGAGUCUGUUUGACGAAGAGGAGGACAUCAUUGCCAAGGAAAACGCUCUGCCAAAGCGCAAGAUCUACAAGACAGCAAACGACGGUAUGGGUGGCAACAAGACCACCGGCGGUCGCGGCUGGGGUAUUGGUGACGAAAGCGCGGGCGAGGAGGAGGUUGUGUCCAAGCCAAAGAGUGCACGCGCGGGAGUGGCGAAGAAGCAGGACGAGGGCAAGGGCUUCUGGGACUUCUAGACGAUCAAACGCAGCCCUCGAAAGCGCAAUUUCUUUAUGGGAGCCAGGAAUAUCUCUUAUCGGGACGCUGUUUCAUGAUGAUGGUAAUGACUUUCUUUAUUUGGUCUCGUUAUGUGUCUAUGAAUGUGUUCCACCUGCUUUUCUACCAACUCCAAAACCAGCUCAGGGCUCAAUUGGUUCAUGUACAUCAAGCCACGGCUUGUGGACUAGGAUGGUCUUUCUUACGGACGAAAACGAUGCUCUUCCAAGGCGAUGAUGAGCUUGGAUAGAUCGGUGGUGUAGUUGAGAUGAGCUGAAGCUGAUCCAACUUGAAUGUCAAACAACAUUGGCUAGUCAUUAAUGGAGAUCCUUCAAGCAAAGUUCCGUUUCCAAUGUGUAAUCUUAAAGGCUAUCCGUAUUCUAAAAGCUUGUCC